AUGCUUGAUUCUCAAAUAUGUUUUGAAAUAAUAUUUACAUUUGAACGUAUAAUUAUUAAUGGACUUGAUUCAGCUGUUAAUAAUGUUCAUCGUGAAAUAUUUAAAGUUGCUAAAACUCAUCUUUAUGAUCGAGCUAUGUCUUGUUUAAUUGCUUUAAUUAAUCAAAAUAAUUUUGUGUAUACAAAUGAACUUGAAGGAAAUGUUACAUUAGAUUUUCGUGCGCUUGAUGGUUCAAAUAAUGAAGUUCGUUACAGAGAUGUCCAUCGCGGCGCUGCCGCUGCCGCGAUGGCGGUGGCGGCACGGCAGUGGCAGGUUUUUUAA